GAUCCACAACCCAUUGCAGUCAGUGGACAGACUCUCAAGGAGUCAAUCCUUAGGGACUUUCCUGACCUGGUAGGGAGAUGGACCCAGCUGAUCCUUUUGCACCCGGGUCUUCAAAAUGAUCUGCUCAUUUAUCCAGGAGGAAAAGAGAAAGAUAGACGCCAAGUGACUGGCUGAAGGCUAUUAAGCUGUGACAGAUGCCAUGGUGAUGAAUUGGGCUGGGGGGGGGGGGUAUGUGUGUGAAAGAAGGAUCUCCUGGAAACAGACACAGCAUCAUGAAGGAGAGAGGGGGAACCAAGCCUCCCUUCAGAUCCCUGCACAACUGAGCGACCCACCGGACUUGGGCUGGAGAUGCAAAGACCAGAGGCCGCUGCUCUCUCUGUAUCAGCAGGCGUGUUGUCCGCCUCCAUCCCCGCCGCUCCAGCAGGUAGGUAGCUGCUCCCCCUGGCCUGCCCCCUAGCUGCAUGGAUUGCCGUAGGGCUGGAGGGGGCUGGGCUACCAGCUGCUGCCCUUUCACACCCGCUUUAAAGCCCGUCAAAAGAGGUGGGGGGGAGAGAGGCGAAGAUCUGAUCCCCGUUUAGCUGGCUUCGGAGGGAGAAGAGUCGACUCGGAGCUGUAGCCCGGGGAUGUGUGGCAUCCGCUUGGGCUCCUUUGAGCUGGAGAAUCAGCUGGGAAGCGGGGGCAGUUUAUUUCAUACCUUGAUCUUACAAAGAAGAACCCACGGACAUGCAGGAGCUCAGGUGGUUUUUCCACACUCGAAAGCAGAAAAUUUCACCUUUUUGGGGGGCCCUGGAAAGAGGAGCAAGAUGUUUGUGAAUGUUAAUCUCUCUCAGCCUUAAAAAAAUUGGGAAAGGAAAAAUGGAUCCUUUAUAUUUUUCCAAUGCUUUUGGCAUGGAGGUCAGUGCCCAAGAUGUAAAUUCCUCCUCACUGACGAACAUGACGGACAAUAGGACUAUAGCAGGACUUCCUGUAUCCAAAGAUGUUCACACAGUUCUUAUCUCUAUCAUAUACUUCCUUGUAUGUGCAAUCGGACUCAGUGGGAACACCUUGGUCAUUUAUGUGGUUUUGCGUUAUGCCAAGAUGAAAACAGUCACCAACAUUUACAUCUUGAAUUUAGCCGUAGCCGAUGUACUCUUCAUGCUUGGCUUGCCAUUCCUGGCUACUCAGAACGCCAUCUCUUACUGGCCCUUCGGCUCCUUUUGGUGUCGGCUUGUUAUGACCGUAGACGGCAUUAAUCAAUUCACCAGUAUCUUUUGCUUGACUGUCAUGAGUAUGGAUCGCUACCUUGCAGUAGUUCAUCCCAUCAAGUCCACCAAAUGGCGGCGUCCAAGGGUGGCCAAACUGAUCAGUAUAACAGUCUGGACUUUCUCGUUUUUGGUGGUUCUUCCAGUCAUUAUAUUUUCAGAUGUUCAGGAACACCUUCACACCUGCAACAUGAACUGGCCAGAGCCAGUAAACAUAUGGUCAGCAGUCUUCAUCAUUUACACAUCGGUUUUAGGAUUUUUUGGACCCCUGCUGGUGAUCUGCCUCUGCUACCUGCUGAUUGUGAUUAAGGUCAAGUCUUCUGGGGUCCGAGUUGGGUCCACAAGGCGCAGGCGGUCAGAGAGGAAAGUGACCAGGAUGGUGGUCAUCAUUGUGGUCGUCUUUGUGUUUUGCUGGCUCCCGUUUUAUAUACUGAACAUUGUCAAUUUGAUAUCCACCUUGCCAGAGGAGCCUGGGUUACUUGGGGUUUACUUCUUUGUGGUGGUUCUGUCCUAUGCAAACAGCUGUGCCAACCCCAUACUUUAUGGAUUUCUCUCUGACAACUUCAAGCAGAGUUUUCAGAAAGUUUUAUGUCUCCGGAAGGGGAAUGGCGUUGAAGACGGCGAUCCAACCAAGCACAGGCAGGAAAACAGCAGCCGCUUGCAAGAAGCAAUGCUAACCCAGAGAAACAUGGAAUUCAAUGGACAUAUGCAAACAAGUAAGGUGUGAGGUCCUGGCUUGAAAAACUGUAAAUAAACUGCAGAGCUGAAAAACUGGGGGGGGAUGAAAAUCAGAGAUGAAACUGAAAUCCUGAGACCCACAAGCUCAGACAAAUGUACAUAGAUUCCCCCUCCCCAUGACAGAAUUAUGGAUCAUAUUGGAUUCUGUGGAAUGCCUAAGGCAUGUAGCUAAAGCAAUCGGACGUAUUAUCACUUUCUCUUUCUAUAUGCAGAGGACAGAUUUAGUGGUACAUUCUGGCUGCUGUGUGCCGUUCUGGUGAUGCAAAGCAGCUGUGAGCCUGUUUUAACCAUCCUAUUUGCUUUGCAUUGCUGGAUCAGCAAAAAGCAGAGAGUGUAUUGGUUCAUUUGCCCCAAAGUAUUCUCAAUAGUUGGGUAAGUGAAUGUUUUAUAUUAAAAAAGGAAAAAGCACUAUUUCUUAAGUGGCAGUUUUCAAAGUAACAUAGCUCACAGCACUAAUUUACUGAUCUUGGAAGUAGGCAUAUGCCAUAGUUUGGAAGUGCUGCUUAACCAUUUGCAUUGUUUUACUGUAAUUAUCCCACAUAAGAGACUCCAAAUGCCCAGAAGCGUUUCAAGUCAAUUGAAAGAAAACCCAGCCCAGAAAUAAAAAUACCUUGAAAAAGAAUUAUUAAAUGAAUGUGAAAUGGAAAAUUCAUCCAUAGUGCGUAUAACAGUCUAAUCCAAGCUGCUUAUGAAUUGUAACGUCGUCACUUUAUUACUAUGUAAAUGACAGUGAUUGUGAAGUCCUGAAAAGCUGUUUUGUGUCUAUUUAUUGGUUCUGAAUGUAAGUAUGGAUCUGAAUUUAAAUUGUAUUUUCAGAAAUUAAAACACGUUGAAUUCC